CCGGUAAAAGCUGGAAAGUAUGGCCCAGGUAUGAGUCACAUCCAACAGCAGGUGGGUGUUACUGAUCAGCUAAAUGCAUUGAGGUGUGUCUAAGUGGUGCUCACCUGUACACUGGUACAAAAUAAGCCAGCUGCUCUCCAGCCACUGACACAUCUGAUUUGUUGUGACAACAGGACUGACCAUGGGGAGGAAAGGCUGUCCUGAGCUUAAGCUGCUAUUGCUUUUUAAUGCUGUGGUUUGGAUGGAAGCAAUGGUGAAAAAAAAAAUUAAUUUACAUGCUCAAAAACUGACAUGGACCGAAGCAAGACAGUACUGCCAGAGAAUGUACAUAGACAUGCUUACCUGGGACACCACAGACAUGGACCAGGUGACCAAGUGGUUGGUUGACAGAAACUACCAUGAUGUCUGGAUUGGUUUACAUAAGGAUCCUGAGCAACCAUUGGUGUGGAGGUGGAUCAAUGUAAAAACUGGUGAAGGCUUGACAGGAGAGGACGUUUCAGACAGUGAGAAAUGGGUCACCAACCCACAAUCCAAUGGCAGCUGUGCCGCUUAUAAUAGUUUAAAAAAAAAGUGGUACAGCAAUGUUUGCACUGAAGAACUUAAAUUUGUCUGUUAUGGUGAUAAUCUGGAGCUGGUGACUGAGAACAAGACAUGGGAUGAUGCCUUAAAUCACUGCAGGAAAAUGUCAUCAUCUAAAUCUAAAUGUGACCUCCUGAGCACUAUAAGAUCAUCUCAGUUUAGUUAUGUCAGAGAUCGCAUCUACAGAGCCACCACUGAGGAGGUUUGGACAGGAUUGCGAUUUCUGGGAGGAGAGUGGUGGUGGUCCGAUGGAGAGAUGUUGGACCACCAAGGGAUGCUGCCAGACUGCCCAAGCCAGUGGGAACACUGUGGCACCAUGUCCAAAUACAACACAGCUAACUGGAUCUCCAGGGACUGCUCAGAGAGAAGAAACUUCAUCUGCUAUUAUACAGAAGUAGCAGAAGAUUAAUAAAAGGUGUAGCUCUCUUUA